AGAACAAUCACAUGUCAAAAAUGCAAGGGAAAUAGACAAAAAACCCAGAUAUUUAUAGCGUGUUUAUCUUUUCAAAUUUAGCGGUAAGGCACACCACCAUGACACAUCAGCUGUGCCUGAGCCAAACAACAAAAAUAAGGCAAUAAUAAUAACACAAGACAGAAACAUGGAAGAACCGGCGCAGAGGAAGAAGGAACAAGAGGAGGAGAAGAAGAAGGAGGAGGAGGGAGUGGAUUGCAGUAACCAGUCACCCUCCUUCAGGCCAGACACUCCUGAUAGUGAUGAUAGUGAUGACUCCUUCCACACCACAUCAGGAGAGGACCGCACUGACUCUCUAAGAUUAGCAGAGCAGCAGGAGGAAGGGGAGGAGCAGGAGGAGGAGGACGGGGAAGAGAGCCCAUGUUUCACACCAGAACCUGAACCACCCACUGCUGAGAAGGACAAGGAGGAGGAGGAGGAGGAUGAGAGGAAGGAUGCAGCUAAGAAGGAAAAUGAGGAGGAUGAUGAGGAAUGCUUUGUGGACGAGGAGCAUUUGAAGGACUUGGAGCUGAGCAUGACAGAGGAGGAGAGGAGUUCCAGGAGAGAGGAGAGUCUGCAGCACAAGGAGAGCGGCAACACAAGUUUCAGAGAAGGAAGUUUGCAGCAGGCGGUAAUGUCCUACACAGCGGGCCUUAGAAUAUGUCCGCUGACCUUCCCCAAAGACCGUGCUGUGCUCUACGCCAACAGGGCCGCAGCGAGGGCAAAGCUGAACCAGAAGAAGCAAGCCAUCAGGGACUGCAGCCAAGCCAUUGAGCUGGACGAGAGCUACACCAAGGCAGUGCUGCGCCGUGCCACACUCAACCAGGAGACUGACCAGCUGGAUGACGCUCUGAAGGACUUCCAGCGUGUAGUGGAGCUGCAGCCGUCCAACCAGCAGGCCCAGGAGGCCAUCAGGAGACUGCCAGACAUGAUCACAGAGAGGAAUGAGAAGCUAAAGGAGGAGAUGAUGGGCAAACUCAAGGACCUAGGCAACAUGUUCCUGCGGCCAUUUGGACUUUCCACAUCAAACUUUGAGCUGAAGCAAGACUCGGGAUCUGGUGGCUACAAUAUAAGCUUCAAGCAGAACCCAGACAACAGCCAUUAGCACCCCUGUGAUGCUGCCUUGACAUUAGAGAGAUGUGUGGCAUGCGAGAUGUAAUGCUACACUUCCACACACUUGUGAUGCUUUCCUGGCAUUUAUGUGAGGCUGGUGGUGUGAAUAGUGCACGUGUUGAAUGUUAUGUGUGCUCCAAUGUCUAUGUAUAUUUUGCCUCUGUAUUUGUACAACCUCAAGACAUCCAUUGCUCAUCAAACACUUGUUAAGUGAAGAUGUGGCGUGGUGGUGUGCUUGCCUCCUCAGUGACAGAUCUGAGGUUUGACUCGGCCAGUGGAGUUAUCAGACUAUUCCUCAAGCUUCCUUUUGCCUCGUUCACCUGGAAGCAGGGACACAAGCUUGCCUGGCUUGGUUUGUGUUGAUGAAGCAAGCAGGUGUCACAGUUGGCAGUCACCGUGUCACCAUCCACAUCAUGGCUUGCCCCAAAUAGUGAGUGAUGAGACAGCAGUUUGGUUUGCCUCAGUGACUCUGCAAAAACACACCUCACUCUCUCCAAGGCACCAUCACUACACCGUUCUCUUUUGGUGAAGAUAAUGGGCUGUGAUGCUCCAAGAAAUUGCUCUAGUUAUUUCCAAGUGAAGGUGAAGAUAGUUUGACUUGUCUUGGUGAUGCAUGAAGCUCCUCCACCAUUCCAGAGACACACCAGUAUUCAGAAACGCCUUCCUCUCUCACCACAACAAUUUUCCCAGGCCACAAGGACAUUUAGUUGGAUUUUCAUUACAAUUUCUCCUUUCGAUAAACUAGAAAUCAUGCUAAUCUAUCUUUUUAAAAACAUGAGUAUCUUCAACUGGACCCUUUGGAAAGCAGCGAUGGUGAGAGAGCAAAGCAUUUCAGAAUACAGGCCUUGCUAUGUAUUAUCUCUUACCUCCAAGCAGAAACAAAGGCUGCAGUGUGAAUUGCCUUAAUGUGUCCGGUCAGCCAGCCCUUCACAAGACAUCGAUUAUUCUGUCACUUGGUACUGAAAGGCACUUAACAUUACUCUUUCACUGUAUGGGCAUGUACAUACACUUGGUUAUGGUGGUUAGUCUCAAAUGGCACUGUUUUGUUUAGUUCUGCAACAAGAGGAGGUGGAGUCAGGAGGGCUGUGUAUGAUGGGUAACUUGUGAAUAGUGUAUGUAUGUACUUAGCCCUUAAUUCAAAUGUGUGUGUGGUGAUUAUGUUAUGUAUGUACUUAGCCUUAAUUCAAAUGUGUGUGAUUUAUAUAUCUUCAAGCAGAAAGCCGC